AUGCAGCACUACCAGUUACGGGACUAUGAGAUGAAGCUUCUUGGAGAGCUCCAGAGACAACAACACAGCGCCCAGUUCUGUGAUACACUUUUGCAAACUGAGGGUAUCUCGGUGCCCACUCAUAGCUGUGUUCUAGCGGCGUUUAGUCCUUAUUUCUCUCAGAAGCUGUCAGCCACACCUCCUCCUCCAAAUGGGCAAAAACGUCAGAUCCAGCUUCAGUCUUUGAAGGCCCACACCCUGUUGAAGCUGGUUGGCCUUCUUUACUCAGGAGAGUUGGAGGUAAAAGGAAGUGUAGAACACAGUGAUGUGAUGAAUGCAGUCCAGAAAUUUGGGAUUACACCCCUCAUACAGCGACAGAGAAAUGAGGCUACAAAGGAGAUGGACCCCCAGGAGAACCGGGUCAGGAGUUACAGUAAAUGCUGCACGUUAACAGCUGCUGGUGGGGAGAGUGCUAAAUGCAAGACAAUGAAAGAUUCACUAGCGGAUCCUAAGAUGGCAGGAAUUGGGAAAGAUACACAUUGUUCAGUGGAGAAGACAAGUUGUGUAUCCAUCGGGACACAAACUCCGUUAGAAAAUCGAAGUGAACCUGUAACCCCAGAGCACAUCAAAUGUCAACUUCAAAACAUCCCAUUAGCUACUUGCAAAUCAAGUUCACAUGAACCCUCUGCAUCUGUUACAAAUCCAACGUCAAAUGACCAAGUGUCCAGCAAUCGGUCCUGCAGUUCCAACAAUGACAUGUCCUUCUCCCAGAAGCCUCGGAAUGAAUGUUCUGAUUCCACUGGUAGUACUCUUUUGCUGACUCAAAGAAAGGACAAGAUCAAGACAAGCAGAGUCGAAGCUGAGAAGAUACCAGAAGUUGAAAAUGCCAAUUCUACAGAAAGGAGGCCCGUAUUUGCCAAGAUAGCAAAGAAGAACCUGCCCAAGAUGAAACUGAUGGAGUCAACACAAUUAUCUGUUAAGGUGAAACUGAGGAGAAGGAGGUCAAAAGAAAAACUCUGGGAGGUUGUGUCUAUUCCAGAUGAGGAUGAGACAACGUCAGGGUUCACCCCUUUACCUCAGGAGGCCUCCCCAGCUGCAGCCCAGACUUCCAUUCAUAAACAAGGUGAACCCAGCAACUCCAAUAGACUUCCAUCCCACCCCAGUACUACAUCUGAACGGUCACAUCACGUCAUUGAUUGCACUGCUCCACACCAAAGUGGAACGCUCCAGUCGGCAUCUGUUCCACAGCUUCACAGCCUUUCAGAAGAAUCUGAUGAGCAGAUAGAGAAGUUGUUGGAGGACAUCAUGAUGGGUCUGAACAUUCUGACUGACUUGGGAAGUCCAGAGGGUGACACGGGGCAAAGUAAGAUACUUUCAGCCACCCCUUCAGCUGAAUGUCAGAACGUUGUGGAACGAAGUGACCAGAUACCAACAUACGCAGAGCAAAAUGCCAUUAUUUGGGUGCAGUCACUUAGCAGCAAUCCAAAGAUUUUUCUUAACACAAUGCUCUUUUUUCGUUUUUUUUUGUGUACAGCUCAGAAACAGCUCAACUGUAAAAAUCCGAGUAGCAUGGAAAUCUCAGAGCAACCGUUUAAUUUGGAUCUCUCAUCUGUGAGAUCAUUGGAGCAAAAUUACCGACCAGUCCAGGAGCCGCAUCCCUUGUCUUCGUUUUCGUCACCUUGUUUGAACGAUUUGCGGCUCCCUAGAUGCCUCUCUCCGAUUGAUCCGUUCACUUCAGCAGAAACUGAUAACCUAACCGCUAGCAAUUAUCAAUUGCCUCGCUGUGUGGGACCCUUGCUCAUAGAACAUUCUGGAUUACUUGUUUUUCCAAUUGCUCAUAGAGAAGAUGAACAGCACCCUUUAUUGAAGACACGUCAAAACUGCUGGCGAAAGCCAUUUCUAAAGCAGUUGGAGUCUGAACCACAGCAAAGCCAAAGCUGUAGAACACUACCUUGCAUUAGGAACGCCGUGGGGGCGUGUCCAACUGCUGCUGAAAGAAAGUCUUACCCCAAGAAGAUAAAGCCAACUUUAAUACGUAAAAAAAGUGUUGCUUUCGAUGGUAUUGCACCUCCUAAAAAAAGGAAAGUGUGCGUGGAUUAUCCUCCAGAUGCCAUUGGUUCAAAUUGUAAUGCAUAUCUGAGUACAAAACAACUGAGUGUUUGCUCAGUUAGUUUGUCACAAAACAAUGUCCUGGCAAAAGACAGAAAUAUGGCCAAAGGCUCUCCAAAAUCACCAACCGGUCUUUCAGUCACACAGAAUCAACUGUCAACCACAAGCAACCAUGUGAAAGAGAGAACCAUAACCGUGGAACCUCCAAAAUCGACAAAUACAAGCCAAACGCGCAUCAAGACCAGGGGCUUCCUGAAAACAACUCAAGUGCCUCCAAGCGACACAUGCACACAAAGCUACACCAAUGCAAACGCAAAGGUCCUGAGAUUUCCUAUUGCAUCCAACCAAGUCUGUCUCUUCAAGCUGAAACGUGGCAGACGACCAAAAAACACGAAAGCUCUUUUUUCUCCAAACACUUCUGCUCCAGUCAUAUCCAAGAGUGAAAAUGAGAUGAAAAUUGAAGAGGAAUUGUUCAAGAUAGAUCUGGAAAAGAGUAAUAUAAUGAAAAGAAAAGGCCCCAAAAAUAAGAAAGGAAGGGGAAAGGGGCAGGUGGUUACAAUGAGCGCUGCCAAAACUGACAACAAUGCGUCCAAACAGAAGAUUGCUUUCAGCAAACGGCACAACUUAAAAAAGAAAUCAGUUAGCCAAGAAGUUGGUAAAAAACGGCACAACUUCAAAAAGAAAUCAGUUAGCCAAGAAGUUGGUAAAAAGUCCUUCAAUGGAGAUGAUCAUAUAGACAUCGUCAGAAUUCCGCUUCAGGAAGAAACUUCUGCAAAUGUCAAUGUUUCCGUUGAUGUGAAUCACUGUCAAAUUCUCAAGCAAUCACCAGAUGAGAAGGACAGAUUACAAGAACAAGACUCCGAGAGCUCUUUUAGAAAGAGGACCACUUUCUUAACUGCUGAGCAUCCUUCUUUGGAUGAGGCCAAAGAAUCAUUUACUCAACAUUCUGAGAGGGACCAAGCACAGAAGACCCCCAUACAAGGACUAACGCCUGUUGUGAUGCCACCUCAAGAAAACAACCCAGAUUGCUCUCUUUGUGACAGACAUCCAUGUCCACAAAAUCAAGCAUCCUUGGAGCCUACCGUGAACCCCCAAAUCAGUACAUGUCUGUCUGAAUGCAAUAAAGAAGAUAUCAUUGAGGUAGACGAUAUACUCUCUUCCCCAGAAAAGAUACUUUUAAUCAGCCAGCACGAGUGCAUACUUGUUGAUGCUGAUACUGAUACUACACCAAGUGAAGAGGAGGAAGAAAUCGACGUGACGGGCGAUGAGUUAGACUGA